UGAACUGGAGAAGGGGAGCACAUUAGAAGGAGUGGCACGUGUGAGUGAGUGUGUGUUUGUGUGCGAGUGAGUGUGUGUACCAUGUGUAAUAUAUUUUGAAAUACCGUUUUAUGUAAUCGCAGGGAAUGGUUGCUUGUGUUUCCUGGGCCUGGACCGGGGGUCUGGGAGGGGGAUUUGCAGGGGGAAACAGGGAGGAUGUUAAGAUUUUGAGCAUGUUGUCUUUAUUGCAUGAUUUCCCCCCCCCCCUCCCCCAACCUGCCUCCUGAUCUGAGAUCAGUAUGGUGAGUGUUAGUGGUCUGAAAACUGACUAGGACAGAGAAGACCUGGACCCCCCCACCCUCCAUAAGUCUUUAAUGCAACUGGAAUAGCGCAAAACUCGGGAUGUAAUGACUGCCUCCAACUGAUGGGGGGGAAAAAAACUGAUAUUUAUCUGAUAAUAAAAAGAUGUUAUUCUUAAUUUGGUGAAAUAAAAGUGGUAUAACAUUUCUUACCAUGUACUCUUCUGAGUAUUCUGCAGUGUAAUCUUUAUUGAUGUUGGAUUUUUUUUUUUCCCCAACCUUAAACUGGUGCUUCUCUUUCCAGUUUUUUUUUUUUUAUAUUUAUUUAUCUUUUUUUUUUUUUUUUUUUUUUUUUUUUUAAAUCCGGGAAGCCGCGUUAUUCCAGAUGUCCUCGUAUACUUGUAUGUUUGUGCACAUGUAUGUAUAGCCUGCCCUGCGUGGCUCGCGUAUGUGAGGGGGAUGACCACAUGGGCCAUCAAUCCCAGCAUCCCUCCUUAGCGGUUUGUGGUGUUUGGGGGUUGGGUGUAGCCUCUGCCCUUGGGGAAGGUUAGGUUUUGGUUUUGUUUUUCGUUUUUAUUUGUGAUCUGUCUCCCUGACUGACCGCUUCUGCUGAGCAGGAAUGGGGAAGCUGACCUGCAGUUCAUGUGCUGGGUCUGACCAUAGAAAGUGGUGUUUUGGUGCGGAUCGCAGUAAGGUGUUUGUGACUCUGCCCUCGAACUGAGCCAGCCAUCCUGUCAGGCCCCCUCUGCGGGCCUGUGCACGGGCUGCGGCACCAUCGCUCUGUCUCGAAGGCCCGUCCCAGAUAGACGUGCAGCUGAAUUACAACUCCUAUUCCUUGUAACUGAGGAGCAAACUGGAAACACCCCCUUCUGUCCUGAUUGUUUCACAGAAAUACUAACCUGUGAGCCGGUUCAGAAGUCUGCCCCCUGCUGGUGACGCUGACACCGGCAAUGGUCAUGCUCGCCUGUGAAACUGGCUGCUGAAUGGGACCGUUUGUGAUCAGAGUGAACAGCGUGAGCCGUGCGCUCGAGACAGACACCACGUGGAAAGGAGUGAGGAGACAGAGAGCUGACUGAAUACGUUUUAGGGCCGAUGGUCUUGAGUCCCAUUUUAAUGUGCUUCAUCUUCAGAGCACAAGAAGGCAUGGAAACUGAGGAAGCACCUAUGACCCCGGCAGUUCCCCCCUCCCCGACCUUGGCUCAGUACUCCUGUUUGGGCCACUGCCGCUGUACAGCCAGCCCCUCCCCUUUUGGCCCCAGCAAUGACGCAUCGAUCCAGCAAAUGAGCGAGUGACCAGCAGCGUGGGGGCUUAGGCUCCUCCAGACCCCCUCCCACCCCCCACAAAGCACUUAAUGUAUUAUUAUUAUUAUUAUUAUUAUUAUUAUUAUUGGAAUUGAAUUGCCAGCUUUAAACCAAGUGUUGAGAUUCCUAGUGAAGAAAAUGUCAAAUAAAUGUAUUGAAUGUUAAGUGUCUGUGUGCGAGUGAUUUAUUAAAUUUCGGUUGUGACUCUUCGCGUAGUUGUAUAAUACUUAACUGUUUCUGUCCACCAGGGGGCAGUGCGGGGCACCACAUAAGUGGAUACUGAAGCACAGCUGGUUGUUAGCCUACACUUAGUUAUGCAAAUUUUCCUAAGCGCUUGCAUUGUUCAGAUGCCCCUGAGCACUCAAUGCAGACUAAGGAGUAGGAACAGAGGUCAUUGCCGUGAUGAUCCUCAGCGCUGUGUCACUUCUCCUGCACGUCCUCGUCCUGAGUGUCCAUGCGGACACGUCCUCACCAGGCUUCUCCCUACCCCCAUGUAAUGUGACACUCCAAACUCUGGAUCUGGGCAGCUUCCUGCACUGGGAAUGCCCCCCAAUGCCCCCCAACACCACCUUCACGGUCGAGACCCAUACACAGGGAAAAUCCAAGUGGAAGAAGGUGUUGCAGUGCACUGGCGUGACCUCCCGUAGCUGUGACCUCUCACAGGCCUUCAGCAGCUUAGACCUGUACAACUUCGUCCGGCUGAAUAGGACGAUGCCUGGGGAACAUCCAGCCUGGACGUGGCAGCGCAUGGUUGAUCUGAGUUCUGAAAUGGUCUUCAGCGCCCCCACCCUUGCCCUGUCUCUCAAUGGAAGCCGGCUGAGGGUAGAACUGUGGUUCCCCAUCUCUCUCAGCAGGUCCCUCUGCCCGGGCAAAAAGACCUGCUCUGUUGCUAUGGUGAUGAGGCCCACAACCAACAUUACGGUGUAUGAGGUGCACCAACCCUGCGAAGGCCAGCCUCUGGUGUUCUCUGGUGCCCCAGCGACCUGCUCCUCCACCUGUGACCACCUCCUCCAUCUGCCCCUGUGGCAGACACACAGCCAGCAGGUCAUGGAGGAGCAGCUGAGCUUUGAAUUCGAGAAUUUGAAGGAGGGAUGGAGCUACUGUGCAGUGGCCAACUUCACGGGCAGCGCCACUGCUGCCCCUUGCUGCAUCUCCCUGGCCCCCGGGGUCACAGUGCUGAAGCCCCUGCCGGUGACUCUGGGGGCUUGCUGUAUGCUCUUCAUCUCUGCAGCCAUCCUCUUCCUCUUCAGAAGAUACUGGCCGUCGACUGAGUCCCCUCUCCCCAGACCACUGGGCUCUCUGCAGGACUUCUCCUCCCGGGAGCUGGCCAUGUCACCGGAGGACUGUGCUGGAGACCACCUGUCUGUCUUGUCCCUGUCGGUGUCCAGCCCCGCCUUGCCCGCGGCAGCAGACGCCCUGCGGGAUGACUUCAGCCUUCCAUGUGGUUACUAUGACAACCCGCUUCGUCCCGACUCCAUGGGUGAGGAGGAUUGGGAAGAUUGGGAGGCAAGCAGCAUUCCCUUGCAGGACCAUGAGGCGGUGAGGUCAUGUGGAUCCCCUAUGGGCUCUUUGGCAGCCUGUGACGGAAUGCGGCAACUCCCUUUAGGGAGCGGGGGGCCCUGGGACAUCCCUCUUUGCUCGGUGAGGCUGGCCCCCCCUGAAGCGGAGGCUCUCCAGGACUGGAUCCACUUUCCUGGUCCAACCGGAUUGAAGGAAGCUGCCCCCCUGGCAGAGCGCACAGAACUGGGCCAGACGGAACCUGCAGUUGACUUUUGUUUUUCUGAUGAUUGAUGUACGGGUCUGUAACUUACAGAUAGGAACCAAAUCGGAAUCAAAGUGGACCAGGUGACAUGGGUGGGCCUGUGUGAUACAGCCCCCCUACAUUUGCUGGUGCUGCCUUUGGAUCAGUAACAGCAGUAGUUAUGUGCUGCAGAUAAGCAUGCCUCCGCCCCCCCAUCGCACCCCCCAGGCCUGAUGCAGGCAGUGCUGGCUACGGUCUCUGCGCCAAGAUGAGAGAUGAAUGGGCUGGGAGAUGGCAGGCUGACUCAGAUCUACCACACACCGCUGGCCAGCUAUGCGCUUGAGUACCCCCACCCCCAAUUUUCCUCCACCCACAGCCCACUGCAUGUUAUUAUUCUGUGCUUUGCAUCUGCCUGGCCCCCCUACCCCCCC